AUGUCUGACCGCCACUCUCUAACAGACAUACUACAAUCUGUAGAUGUUGGUGCCGCCACUCAAGCCCUAUAUCGUGAAUUUCCUCCCUCUGUGAGGCACUUAGCCUCCUCUUCAACUGAUCAAACACGCACUCCCAGGACACCACGUCUUAAUAAUUGCAUCCAACAAUCAUCUCAUUGCCCUCACGUUCUUGCAAGUGACAGACUUUUACUUUGUAAUUAUGGGGCCGGGCUACUUCAAUUCACUCAAUACUGUGAUCAACUGAAUAUUCCCGAAGAGAAUUGUAUGCCCGCAUCAGAAACUCUCUUAACAGCAUUCUCAGCACACGCAGCUGGCUCUAUCUCUUUGAGCGCUCUCAACAAUUGGUUAGCUGGGCUACAUUUCUGGCACACUAUAAACGGUGCUCCUUGGCACGGACAUGAAAUGCUUCAUCAUGUACGCCGAGGAGUCACAAAACUGGUUCCCAUCUCCUCCAAACAUACAAAGAGGCCUCCUGUUACUAUAGAGGCAUUACUUUCACUCUGCCAUGGCCUGGACCUAACCAAUUCUCUUGAUGCCAGUCUGGCCUUUUGGUUGUGUUGUUGUCUUGGUGAACUUAUCAUACCCAGCACCAAUCUCUUUCUUCCUCGGAGAAUGAAAAAGAAGGAAAGGUCCGAAAAUUGUGUUAUCAUAACACUUCCUGCCAAACACGUAUCCCGUUCCGUUAUCCCACUAACAUUCCAUCACCUACCCAAUAACACAGUUUUCACCACAUUUCACAUACCUUGGACGAAAACCACUCUACAAGAUGGAGCGGACAUCUCUGUCACUGCACGCGCUCACCCCACUUGUCCCAUAACAGCUCUCAAACACCAUCUUGUCUGUAACGCAAAGGUACCUGACAUGGCUCCCUUGUUUGCUUCUGAAACAGCAAAUGGUUCCUGGGCACCAUUAACCAGGCUGUGGUUCUUGAACCGAUGUAAUGCAGUAUGGCUGGAAGCGGGAUAUCCAGAUAUGCUGGGACAUGCAUUUCAGAUCGGAGGUACCACUGAACUGUUACUUCAAGGCAUCAAUCCAGACAUCAUUGCAACUCAAGGAUGUUGGCACAGCAGGGCAUUUUUAUUAUACUGGCAUCGCAUAGAAUCCAUUCUUCCUUUGUUUCUUUCUGCUUCUAAUCAGGACUCAUCUUGUUCACGUCUCUUAGCAUCCAUAGAUACUUUUCACCAACGACACGGCAUUUCAGCAUCUUGA